AUGGAGGUCAUGACUGGAAAAGGCGGCGCCAAGCCCGUCCCCAACUAUCUUCGGCCAUCGACCGGGUCGUGCCACGAUGCGUGCAAGCACGGCGGCCAUCACGCGUUCGUGGAGAAACAGGAAGCUCCAAGGACCCAACCCAAACCCCGGAAGAAGCAGCAGCCAUCAGCUUCGGAUGACCAGAACCAAAAGAGAAGGCUGGUCAAGGUACGGUCGGUGUCACGUAGGCGUGUCGUAGAUUUCAGCAAACCCGACAAGGCCGAUACGCCGGCCGGUGGGAGCGAGAUUGUUGUUGAGUGGAAGGACAUCGUGGCCUAUGACGCAGUGCCAGCUCCUGCUCCUGCCGAUGGACCAUCUCAUCAACAACCUGAUGGGAGGAAGAAGAAGAGGGAUGUGAUGAAGGGGAAAACACCAUUUGCCAAGACCACCCAUCCGGAGACUCCUGUCAAGAACCCAACCGAAUCACUGAACAAGAGGCUGGCUAAGACCGUCAGGUCGACGCUCACCGGGAAGGCCUCCAUCAAGAAGCCUCAAGCCGCCGCUGACAAGAAGGAGGCUGGCAAGAGAACAGAGAGUGUAAAGCCACCGAAAGCGAAGAAACCCAUGACACUGCCCGUCGAAAACAAGGAAAUUGUCCAGGGUGACACAACUGGUGAUGUUAAGCAGGGGAAGUCACUCUACACUCCUGACCAAGAAGAGCGUGCUGCCAUUGCUGAAUCAAGCAGGGCACAUCGGAGGGCCAAGAGCAUGAGCAUCAGCAGCCGAUCGGUGCGCUUCCCGUUCACCCGACAAGCGACCAAUAACUCGGCCACCUUCAAGCUGCGCUCCAAGAGCAGCACGGCACCCGUCCUCCCAUCCGAACAAGAGAAGCCCACGCGGCUCAGGUUCAGAAAGGGGAGAGCAGCCGGCGAGGAGUCCAGCGGCGGCAUCCAGCUCAGGGCCAGGAGCCUGCGGAGGCGAGGGAGCGGCCUGUCCGGCGGCGCACACGCGGGCUUCGUGGUGCCGGAGUUGACGCUGAGGCACCAAAAGACGCUGGAGAGGAAGAAGAGCCGGAGGCUGUCUAACAACCUGAUCGAGGAGACGGCGAGCAAGCUGGCCAAGAGCAGGAGGAGCAGGGUCAAGUCCCUGGUUGGGGCUUUUGAAUCUCUCAUCUCCAAGAUUGGAAAGUAG